ACGAUCACCUUCUGUCUAGCUUUCUUGCACUCACAAGUGCAUCGUUAUAAUGUAAACUGGCUUUUUCUGUUUUUCCCACCUUCUCUCUUUAAAUCCCAUAUGCGUUUGACGUCUUUCCUUCCCCCGCAGCGGCAACUCCGCUCUGUCUGCAGUGUCUACAAUUCAUUGCUUGGAUGGUUUGGAACGUUUGCAAGAUAACAAAGAGAAGCAUGACAAAUGACAAGUGGGAUCAGUUUGACAACGAGUGCGCAUGUAUCAGUUAAGUACACAUAAGAAUCAACGAUUGUUCUCUGCGAUUACGGUUGCAAUAACACUCAUUAAAAAUCCUGUUUAUUAUUUGACACUUGAGUAAACAUUCUUUCAUUCAUUGCAACAAAAUUUGCGAGAAAAUUCUCAUCGCGCAAAUCGCGAUGAAAGAUCAUAGAUACUAAAUUUCGUAUCUACGAAAAGUCACUCUUUGUGUCUAUCUCUAUGCAAACACUGAAUAGAGAGACAAAAAAAGAAUUAACAUUCCUCCAAAAUGUGGAAACCCUUCGAAGCUGGCAGUUCACCUGUCGAUUGGUGUGAGGGAAAUUAUAGUAUUUCACCAAGCAUUGCGGAAUUCACGAACACGAUGAGCAAUGUGAUAUUUCUGUUGCUUCCACCGGUGCUUAUGCAUCUGUUUCGAGACUAUGGAAGAUUUGUAAAUCCAGGAAUCCAUGUGAUUUGGUUUUUACUUAUGAUCGUUGGUCUGAGCAGCGCUUAUUUUCAUGCAACUCUUUCUCUGAUCGGUCAGUUGCUCGAUGAAUUAGCAAUACUUUGGGUCUACACCGCUGGAUUUUGUAUGUUCUUUCCAAGAAGAUACUUUCCAGCAGUUUUUCGAAACAACAGAAAAAGAUUUUCUCUCUUUGUUCUAUUACCGACUCUUGUUGCAACUGGUUUGGCUGUUGUGCAUCCAGCUAUCAAUGCUUUUGCUCUGAUGAUUCUGGGCAUUCCAGCGGUUGGGUUCAUGGGCCUCGAACUAAGAAGAACAAAAUCGCAGAGAGUCUUUCGUUUGGGAUUGCGUUGCGGUGCUGUAUGGGUCUUGGCAGUGGCUUGUUGGUUGAACGAUCGUAUGUUUUGCGAUACUUGGUUGAAUCUCAAUUUUCCGUACUUACACGCACUUUGGCAUUUGUUUAUAUUUAUUGCGAGCUACACAGCGGCAGUGUUGUUCGCUUAUUUUUCGGUGAACGAUGAGAGGCCUCAUCAAUCACCGAUAUUAAAGUAUUGGCCAAGGAACGAUUUUGAGUUGGGCAUACCAUACGUUACGAUAAAAUGUUACGUUAAAUUCGAUCCUAACAGUAAUAUUUAGUGAAAUACUUUAGUACUGACGCUGUCAUUGAAAUGAUAUUUGCAAAAAAAAGAAUUGAAAAAUUUGCAAAAACUCACAAUAUCUAACGUUGUGGAUAUUGAUCUCAGUUAUUUUGAAGCGAAUAAUUGAGAAAAAACACGAACGACAAAGCACUUCGUGCAUUCUUGAACAGUAUAAAUAAAAUUUCUACCAUUUUGCAUACGUAGUACAGACAUUUUCCUAGUAAUUCGUAUUCAAAAUGUAGGAAUAUAUUUUCACUAGUGUGCUGAUAUUAAAAAACUAUUUAUUCAAAGAAAUGGUUGCCAAAAUCUGUGAUACUCAAGUCCAUGUAAAUGAUAUCGAGCCGCUACCGCGUCUCUUGAUUUGUCAGCAUAAUUAACGAGUUGAAAAUUCUUAUGGGCGAUAUUUAAAUCGACACAAACGUGUAGAAUUAAAACGUGAAGUAGAUUUCGAAAUUUUGAUACUUUCAAUAUGAACCGAAACAAUUGAAAAUCAUUUCGAAUAAAAUUUUGAGAAUUGCCUCUGGCGAGUCUUGAAAAAAUACAUUAUUUUUUCCACAUGAAUUGCAAACAAUUUUCAAAAUUUUACACAAUUUUUUAAACUACCCGAAAAACCGGUUUUUCGACAAUAGAAAUCUUUUUUCUAUAGAAAUUUGUUUCAUCCACUGAAUCAUGUCAGUGAAAAUUGACAUUCAAAACUUCUUUAGCCAUAUAAAAGAUCAUAAAAAAUAACUUUUCUAAAAUGUUAGCUCUGAUAAGAAUUAGACAUUGCAUGGAACCAAGGAGAGUUAGCACUAAGAGUAUUAAAAAAUCAUAUCUAAAAAAAAUACAGUAAAAAUAAGAAUAUUUUAUAACUAUUUCCAUCAACGAUCGAUAUA